AAUAAUGCCACAUUUUAAAUUCAUCCAAAGAGAAUUGUAAUCCUGAGAAUGUUAUGUCCAAGAAAGAAGAAGCCCAGCCUGAAGAACUCAGCAGCCAUUGCUGUCCCUUCUAUGAAAGGACAUGGCUACCUUGAUUACACUAUUGAAAACCAUGCUUCCAAAGCUUUUGAGAAGAUGGAGGAGCUCAGGAGAAAUAAUCAGAUGUGUGAUGUCCUCAUAAAAGUAAGCUACAAUGGUCAAGAAGAGGACUUCCCUGCACAUAAGAUUGUGCUUGCUUCCUGUAGCCCCUUUUUCAGGGCAAUGUUUACCAAUAACUUUCGUGAAUGCCAUGCCAAGGAAAUCAUCAUCAAAGACAUGUGUCCUUUAGUAAUGGAAAGGCUGAUAGAAUUUGCAUAUUCAUCAAGAAUAACAGUUGGGGAGAAGUGUGUCUUGCAUGUACUCCUAGCUGCUAUGAGAUACCAGAUGGAAGAUGUGUCUAAAGCAUGCAGUGACUUUCUUGUUAAACACCUGGACCCCAGUAAUGUCAUUGGGAUAUCAAACUUUGCAGAGCAGAUUGGGUGCACAGAGCUACAUGAAAAAGGAAGAGAAUACAUCAAUAACCACUUCAGCGAGGUAACAAAAGAAGAAGAGUUCUUAAACCUUACUCACUGUGAACUAUUGGACUUGGUCAGUCAGGAAAGCCUAAAUGUGCUUUGUGAGACUGAGGUAUACAAUGCCUGUGUAAGAUGGAUGCAGUGGGAUGUAGACAAAAGAGCACAGUAUUUUAAUGUCUUGCUAAAUGCCGUUCACCUCUAUGCUUUGCCUCCCAAAUUCCUUGCAGUGCAGCUUAAGCACUGCCCCAUUCUCAAUAUGGAAAACUCAUGUAGGAUGUUUCUGUCUAAGAUUUUCCAAGAAAUGUCAUUACACAAGCCACUUCCACCAAUGAAAGUACGGGGUAAUCAACUAAUCUAUGUAGCUGGUGGCUACCAACAGAAUUCACUGACCUCUGUGGAGGCCUUGAAUCCACAGACUAUGGAAUGGAUUGAGCUUGCUGAAAUGUUGGAACCCAGGAGUGGUCUUGGAGCCUGUACUGUAAGUGGACUGCUCUACACUGUAGGAGGGAGGAAUCAUUCUGCUACGGAAAAUGCAGAUUCAGACUCUUUAUACUGCUUUAAUCCAAUGACCAAUCAAUGGACAAAGAGAGCACCAAUGAAUGAACCAAGGAAUCGGGUUGGAGUAGCUGUAAUAGAUGAAGCUAUUUAUGCCGUUGGAGGCUCCUCUGGCUCUGAGCACCACAAAAGUGUUGAAAGGUAUGAUCCUGAACUCAACUUGUGGACAUUUGUUACACCCAUGAAUAAUUCCCGCAUUGGUGCUGGAGUAACAUCAAGUUGUGGGCUUUUGUACGCAAUUGGUGGAUUUGAUGGGGAAAACCGACUAAAUACCGUUGACUGUUACCACCCUGAUGAGGACAGGUGGCACCCAGUAGCUUCAAUGAAGACCAUUCGCAGUGGGGCAGGAGUAGUAUCACUGGACAACUAUAUAUAUGCUGUUGGGGGAUAUGAUGGCAACAACCAACUUAACUCUGUAGAACGGUACAAUAUAGACAAAGAUUACUGGGAGUUUGUAGCACCCACGAAACACAAAAGGAGUGCACAUGGUCUGACUCUGCACCAGGGAAGGAUUUAUGCUCUUGGUGGUUUUAAUGCAGAGGGUUUUCUCUCGUCUGUGGAAUGUUACUGCCCUCAAAGUAAUGAAUGGAGAGAAGUGACUGAAAUGCCACAAAGUUGUAGUGGCAUGGGUGUAGCGGUAACCAUGGAGCCUUGUCCUAAUAGCAUUGAGGAUGCUGAAGAGACCUGAUCAAUCAGAUGUGUAAAUUAUUGUGUUUGUAGCCAAAUUUGCAGUCAUAAAAAGGAUUUUUAUUAGAGAUCGCUGACUGUUUAAUGUGAAUGUUCAGCUACACAAUGAUACAAACUUGAAAUCUAUCCUUUUUAUUAAGAGGUGUUAUAUUGAAAUUACACAAAUGUAAUACACACAUACACCUGCAAACACUGGCCAAGAUAUGUACCUGCCUAGUUUACUUGCAUUUCAGUAUUAUGAGAUGUAAGGUUGAUGCAAAUGUCUGCAUGUGGAAAAUUGUGUACACAGCAUUAACACUGUGUGCAGUCAUUGCACUGCCAUAUUUAGAGCGCCCUCUGACCUUGCAGUGGCCAUGUAUAGAAGUAAUGUUUAAUCACUGCCACCAAGAGAGUGUUGAGGAUGUUGCCAACCUGGGACACUGAGAUCUUGACAGAGGAGCCUUCCUAGGUGCCCAAGCCAAG